AUGGUCGAAUCCAAGGAAACUGGAAUCUGUCGGGCUCCAGAAACAUACGACGGCCCCUGUGACCCCCGAACGAGCUUCAAACGCUACAACCGGGAUAUGAAAAAUGCAUGGGAACAAGCGUGCAAGGCUUACUUCCCAGUCUAUGCCCUCACAGCGGCACCUAAGCUUGAAACCCUUUUGGAUUACAUUGCCAGGGCCGGUCCGUUAAACGGGACAGGUCCCAUUGGAUCUUCCGGCACAAAAUAUUCAGGGGAUGUCCUUGAAGCAAAUGGUACUAUUUACCUUCCCUCAAGAGACAACCAGGCACCCUACUCUGCUAAGGCCCGACCAAAAACCCCGGACAUGUCCGCGAGAGAGGCUGAGCUUACUGAGAAGUACAUCAUGAAGCUGAGGGAACUCACAGAACAAACAACCGAUUCACAGCUCCGAAUGGCUAUAGAGGAUACCAUUUCGGAACUGGCUGCGCAAGGCAGCUCCGUCUAAAAUUCCCGCUCACGUGAACAUACACAGUGUCGCCGUAAAAUCGUCACCAUUCUACGGGGGACAAGAGAGACCGACGACACAGGAAAUGGAGACUACUAACGAAGGGGAACUUAAUGGAGGUCGUGUUCCUGAGCCGGUUUGCGUGGUCAGAAGUUGUUGACGCGGCUGUUGUGGCUUUCUUGUCGCGUGAACACUCGUGGGGAAACAUGCCCUGCUACACACUA